GGACGCGGAUUUAUGAGAAUACAUAAAAAGCUGCACAGGAAUAUCAUAUGACAUCACCAACCCGAUUUUUGGUCUCCACUUUAUAGUAGAAGGAAGGGGGACACGCUAUAUAUAUUUAUACCCCGUGCGAAUUUAAAAUUUUACUUUUCAAGUAACAAGCAUCUUGAGCUAAUCAACAAUGAGCUGCUUGCAAUGGCUGCUCUGUUUUGCGCUUCUCGCACAAGUUUGUGCUAUGGGAAAACAUUUUGGAAUAAGCGGGAAAAUCGAAUUGGUGGAACACUCUGCCGAGGAAAUUAAGGAAUUGUCCGCGAAAGAACAGUUCAAAGACACUAAGUCACCAGAUGACGGAACCGAUUCUGAGGAUGAAUUUUCUUUCAACGAAGCUGAAACACAACGCUUUCUGGAAGAGGUAUUGCGCGACGACAAUGACUCGGACAGAGAUACUGAAUUGAAGACGAGAGCUGCUAGCAAAAGUAAGAUAUCGUGUUCGGAUGGAAACCAAAACCGUGUACACGAUGAGCUGAGGUCAAACUUGAAUGAUACGGAACAACCCACGAGAAUAUUGGGAGGACUUGAUGUGCUUGCGGGGGUAAAUGUGCUGUUCACUUACAACGUCUUAGUGGAAGGCCUUACUAUCCUCGGCACGCAAAAUAAGUACUGCGGAGGUGCUAUUUUAUCGAAAUUAUGGAUUCUCACAGCCGCCCAGUGCGUUGUAGGGUUUGCCCCUAUACAAGUGUAUGCUGGCUCAACAAAUGAUCCUAUAGGAAACGGAAUCGUCCCAAUAGCUGGAACCCCUUACGUUCACCCCAAUUUCGUUCUAAAUACUUUGCUUAAUGAUAUCGCGCUGAUAAAGUUGGUUAAACCCCUCACACUUGGAGCAACAAUAAGUACAAUCCGUAUUUCGACUGUUCCUAUCCAUGCUUUACUUGGAAUUAGUCUUCGAACCUAUGGAUGGGGACCUGCAGACGAUACCACAGCAUUACCAGCACCACCUAACUUGAAUUUUGUCGACAUGUACAAUUUUAAAAAAAUUGAGUGCCUCCAGAAAUUACUAGGAUCGUAUUUGGUUUUCCAACCAAAUACUGGAUGUUUGAGCUCUUCAGAGGCAACGAAAGGCAUUUGCUUUGCUGACGCUGGUGGACCUGUCACUUACAUCGAUCAAAUAGGUGACUCAGAGAGAAUUGUCGGGGUCAAUUCUUACAGCUUUGGCUGCCCCACUCUAUAUCCGAGCUCGUACACAGUUGUACUACCCUAUUUGGGCUGGAUCAGAAGUACUACAAGGCUGAUAGUCACAUAAAUUAAUGUGAACUGUUAGAGUAAAAAAUAAAAUAAAUAAAAAACAUUUACAAAUAACAAUUAAUAUGUAUUUGAUUUUUAAUAGUAACAAUAAAAAUCUGAAUUUUAAAUGAAAU